UUCUCCGCUAUGGUUUCCACUUGGUUUUAGUGCCAAUUUUUUGUGAAAAGAUUACAUUUUGUCCACCUCAACUUUAAUCUUAUUGAGAAAUUUGUUGCUAACAAUGGCAAAGAUACUUGUCGGAUCAGUUGCUUCUAAGAGGUCAAUAUCAACUUUGUCUCAUCUCGCUCACAGAAUUAAACAAACAGAGAAUGAAAUAGUGCAAAUGUUCCGGCUACCUAGUUCGGAUAAUGAAAUGCAAAACUUGCCUAUGAAACCGAAAUUCUCGAGGAAGGAUCCUUCGGUUAGAAAAUUGGAUGAGAGGUUCAUUAGGAUUUUGAAAAUAUUCAAGUGGGGUCCUGAUGCUGAAAAAGCUUUAGAAGUGCUUAAGUUAAAAGUAGAUCAUCGUUUGGUGCGGCAAGUGCUUAAUGUAGAUGUUGAGAUCAAUGUUAAAAUUCAGUUUUUCAAGUGGGCGGGCAAGAGAAGAAACUUUGAGCAUGACACUACCACCUACAUGGCUUUAAUCCAUUGUUUGGAUGAAGUUGGGAUGUUUGGGGAAAUGUGGAAGACAGUUCAAGAAAUGGUGAGGAGUACAUGUGUCAUUGGUCCAUCUGAGCUGUCUGAAAUUGUGAGAAUCUUGGGCAGGGCUAAGAUGGUGAACAAGGCACUCUCUAUCUUUUACCAGAUCAAGGGUCGCAAGUGCAAACCGUCAGCGAGCACUUACAAUUCUAUGAUCUUGAUGUUGAUGCAGGAAGGUCAUCAUGAGAAAAUUCAUGAGCUCUAUAAUGAGAUGUGCAAUGAGGGGAACUGUUUUCCAGACACGGUAACAUACAGUGCACUUAUAUCGGCAUUUGGGAAAUUAGGUCGUGAUGAUUCUGCUAUCAGGUUGUUUGAUGAGAUGAAGGAGAUCGGCUUACAGCCCACUGCAAAGAUUUAUACAACCUUGUUGGGUAUAUAUUUCAAGUUGGGUAAGGUUGAGAAAGCUUUAAGUCUAGUCCAGGAGAUGAAAGCGAAGGGUUGCCGCCUUACUGUCUAUACUUACACAGAAUGGAUAAAGGGACUUGGUAGAGCUGGGAGAGUCGAAGAUGCCUAUAGUACUUUCAUGAAAAUGCUGAAAGAAGGCUGUAAGCCAGAUGUUGUGCUCAUAAACAAUUUGAUUAACAUUUUGGGCAAAGCAGGUCGUUUGGAUGAUGCUCUUAAACUCUUCAAUGAAAUGGAUUCUUUGUUGUGUACGCCGAAUGUAGUGACUUAUAACACUGUAAUUAAAGCUUUAUUUGAAUCUAAAGCUCCAGCUUCCGAGGCCUCUUCAUGGUUUGAGAAGAUGAAGGCAAAGGGUGUUGUUCCUAGCUCAUUUACUUACUCAAUUCUUAUUGAUGGUUUUUGCAAAACAAACAGAGUUGAGAAAGCUUUGAUGCUCCUUGAAGAGAUGGAUGAAAAGGGGUUUCCUCCUUGUCCAGCUGCCUAUUGCAGCCUGAUCAACAGUCUUGGAAAGGCAAAAAGGUAUGAAGCUGCGAAUGAGUUAUUUCAGGAACUGAAGGAGAACUGUGGACGUUCAAGUGCUAGGGUAUAUGCUGUCAUGAUCAAGCAUUUUGGAAAAUGUGGCCGCCUUAGUGAGGCCGUAGAUCUUUUUAAUGAAAUGAAGAAACUUAGAUGCAAUCCAGAUGUUUAUACUUAUAAUGCACUCAUGUCCGGAAUGGUAAGGGCUGGCAUGAUAGAUGAAGCUUAUUCCUUGCUUGGAACCAUGGAAGAAAAAGGUUGCCUUCCAGACUUAAACUCACAUAAUAUAAUUCUAAAUGGCUUAGCUAGGACAGGUGGUCCAAAGCGGGCUAUGGAAAUGUUUGCAAAGAUGCAGCACUCUAAAAUUAAGCCAGAUGCAGUUUCUUACAAUACUAUUCUUGGCUGUCUUAGCCGAGCUGGUAUGUUUGAGGAGGCUGCAAGGCUUAUGAGAGAGAUGAAUGCAAAGGGUUUUGAAUAUGACCAAAUCACUUAUUCAUCAAUACUUGAGGCGGUAGGUAAGGUUGAUGAAGAUCUUAAAUGAGUUGGAAUAUAUAUCCUGUAUUUGUCAUUCUAUUUGCCACAAACAGUGGAAUUUUAUGGUUUAUGAAUGUCUUGGAUGGACCCUUACAGCAGCAUGCUAGGCUGGUAAUAUUCUGGAUGCAUAAUCUUUCUGUUAUCUGGGUGAGAUGGGAAGGGGAUUGUGAUUGCUGGAGUAGUUUCAGAAGUGUGGAAGUUGGAUCUUAGAAUUAACCAGAAGUUCAUAAGCAGCUUUGAAAUGCUUUUAAAUCAAAAUGAUUUGAUAAUGUCCCCUUGGGAAGAACUGUGGAUGCUAGAUAGGCAGAGUACGGUUUAGAACUCAUUUGAUACAGGUAGAAGCAUUCUUCUGAUGUAACUCGUAGGCGAAAGAAAAUGGUGUAAAUACAGUCUGAACAUUCUGUUCCAUGUGAUUGCCGCAUACACAGUAUUUUCAUGAAACAAGUAAAACCAUGUUUGCAUAUUGGUCAGAAGUUGUCUUACAUAGUAACACAAUUAUCUGCAACUGAGUGUAUACAUAAUUGCCAAAAUCAGGGCCAUCUGUCUUUGCUUCAUUUGACUCCAGAUAUUCUUGGGAGAUCCUCAGAUAUCAAGCUCGAUAAUGGUUGAUGUCUGAGCCAAAUGCGUGUGACCAUUGAUAAUGGUUGAUGUCUGAACCAAACGCGUGUGACCAUAACCUAGAGGGGAAGCUAACAUAACAUGUUAAAGUAUUUAAUUGGAAGAAUUAUUGUUAAAUGGAGAGGGAGGACCUUUCCACAAAGAAGUUGCUGAAGACUCCACUAGAAUGCUCUCUGCGGAUUUCGGAAAGAAUUGCUCUAUGGCCUCAACAUCUUCAUUGCCUCAUGGGAUGAGUUUGGUAAAUUUGCAAACUGAUUUAAGUGAAUGCUAAAAAACACUGAUUUUACUUGGAGAUAUUAGAAAAGCAUGUUUAGAUGCUCAGGUACCAUUUCUUUAUUGGAAUGUGUGUAUGAAAAGUUAAACGAAAAAUAUUUUUCUGCUUCAUUGAUUCCACAGCUGUAAUGAUUUUCGUGAUUAUA